UGGAUCGCAUCGUUCCUCUCUCUCUCCCUUUCUCCGUCCUCACUCGCUUCCUCUGUCCUCAUCUCUCCACUGAAAGUUCCUCUGAUUACUCGCGUCCGCCCAUCCGGUCCGACAAAGCAAAUGGGUCAUCUUUGGACUAUCCUCACGCACGCUCACUCCCUCGCCGGACCCGUGCUGAUGCUGCUCUAUCCUCUGUACGCGUCGGUGAUGGCCAUAGAGAGCCCCUCCAAGAUAGACGAUGAGCAGUGGCUGGCUUACUGGAUCCUCUACUCCUUCCUCACCCUCGUCGAGAUGGCCAUCCAGCCCCUUUUUGAGUGGAUACCCAUAUGGUACGAUGUGAAGCUCAUCUUGGUAGCGUGGCUGGUCCUCCCUCAGUUCCAAGGCGCGGCUUUCCUGUACGAGAGACUCGUGCGGGAGCACAUCCUCAAGAGGCAACCCAAGUCCAAGUCCAAGUCCUCCCCUACCUCCUCCCCCAAUGCUGAACCCAAGUCCAGGAAGAAGUUCGUCGACUUCAUCAUCCCCAAGAAAGGGAGCACGAGGCGUAUUGAUCGGAGUAUGGAGUCCCUUGGAUUCUCGGCGAUUCUCUCUUUUACAUGCCAGAGCUUCUUGUUGUGCUUUGAUGUUAUACGUCCUGUAUAGCUACUGAUCGAAAGGCUUUAAUAGUACUACAGCUUCUUCAUUGAUUCCCCACA